AUUUACUUUUAUCAUGCUGCUGCUGUAUCGUGUAAAACACACACACACACCAACCGAAAACUCCAAAUCUCAGCCCCGAACGAAUACCACAUCCCGAAUGUGCUCGGUUCGAGCAAGGAAGGCCCGAUCCGUUCGGCCCCCGCGUAUACAAUCACCGGCCGGCAAAAGCAGACUCUUCCUGAGUGCAUUGGGUUCCCCGGUCCCGGUCACUACGAUGCGAAGAUCGAUCCGCUGGUAAGACGGGCGCCGAUGUUCUCGAUGGCCACCCGCUUCCGGCGGCCGACGGACGAAGCGCUCAAGCCGGGCCCGGCGGCACACUAUCCGGAAAAGAUCAACCUGGGCCAUGUACCGUCCUACAGCUUCGGCAUCAAGCACUCGGAGUACCUGGGAGAUUUUCCGGAGCCUCCUCGCUUCCGCAAUCAGCUCGUUAUCUAAGAAACAGGAACGUCCGGCAUGUGUGUGUGUGAGUGACAUCAGCUACAAGCACGUAUUAUGAGUGCUUGUGUUCCGGAUGUUUAAGAGGACAGAAGAGGCCACUACUGCAGACGGUUGUAUCUAAGGAUCAGGUAGCUUUCCGUGGACUGAACUGAUGGUCUUCGAGGUGGAUACAUUGUCUUGCCAGGGUAAACCGAAACAGACGAAACUCAACCGUUACUUUGGAUGGUUGGAUAGGAGAAGAUGCUUUAUUUUCUUUCGUGAAACCGUAUGCCUUUCUUCGACAGAACUGACUAAUUCCACGCUGCCAGCUCCAGUUACAAGCGAUAGGAUUAGAAAUCAAACCUUAUUGAUGAUAACUAACUUUCUAUGGAUGAGAAAUUAAAAAUAAAAGAGAAAAC